AUGAAUGGUCACAUUUACGUUGAUGCAUUUUCAUUGUUACUAAACUACCAUUUGUGGUAUAUUUUGACACCCGUUCGUGUGGAUUUCAUUUGGAGGGACUCAAGAGCAAACAAACUCUUCAUGGUUCUCAUUGAUCAAAAUAGAGAGAAAUUGUUAGCAGUUGUUCCACAACAAAUGAUGCGUUUUAUUUAUGGAGGAAAUCUAUUGGGUGGUGUGUUCUCUUUAAACCAUUUCCAAAUCGAACCAACCUAUGCUGAGUAUCCGAGGUAUCAAGAAUACAGUUUAUUACGUGGCGAUUUGAUGAUUAAGAUCAGCAAUAACACACGGUUUAAUCGUUUGGCCGAUGCUAUCAUAUCAUGGUUUCCGGUUUUUCCGUUGGUUCCCUCAAUAAAAAGUUUAGUAGAGGAUCGGACAGAAAGAAAAAUGAUGAUCGAUAUUGUUGGAAAAAUCAUCAAAGGCAAGCGAAACUAUUCCCGUUACUAUGGUUUAAUGACGUUAACUUCGUUCACUUUAUAUCUCCAAGAUGGGCCUGAACAUUUUGAUAUCAACCAAAUUAAGCAACGUAGAGUUCCAACCGAGGAUGCCGGAAGCAUUUAA